ACUCUUUUCAUGUAUGGACCUAAAUGCAAUAUAUGAAAUUAGAAACAGUCCAGUUAUCCAAAUUCAUACAAGCUGGAGGGUUAAAAGUUAAAUUACGCGGAACUUGGUUCGCCGCUUCUAUAAAACCUAACCGAGUGUCGGAAAUAAAUUCAAUCUCCCGCUUCUCUCUCACACACUCACAGCCUCCACUCCUUUCUCUCUCUCACUUCGAAACUUCCCCAAAAAACGUUUUGGUGUCGAAGCUGACUUGAACUUUUGGUGUGGCCUUUAUAUUCUACCUGACAAGUUAUUUUGAAAUUUUUGUUUGAGCAAAUGGCGGAGGAAAACUUCGAGGGACAGCAAAUGGCUGAGGAAAAAAUUGAGGAACAGGACUUGAGUAAUCUACAGGAUGACAAUGUAUCCGAGAACUCACAGCACUCAGAUGAAGUAAAGGGAGAUGGGAAUGAUGCAGAAGAGGUAAACGGAGAUGGAAAUGAUGCAGAAGAAGUAAAGGCAGACGAAAAUGAUGAUGCGAAAGAAGUGACGGGAGAUGAAAAUGAUGCGGACGAACUGACGGCAAACGAAAAUGAUGCGGACGAAGUGACGGGAGAUGAAAAUGAUGCGGACGAAGUGAACGGAAGUGAAAUUGAUGCAGAAGAAGUGAACGGAAGCGAAAAAGUUGCAGAGGAAGUGAAGGGAGAUGAAAAUGAUGCAGUCGUUGUUGAGGAAAAGAAAUGGCCUGGAUGGCCCGGAGAGAAUGUUUUUAGGUUGUUAGUUCCUGCUCAAAGAGUUGGUGGUAUCAUUGGACGCAAAGGAGAAUACAUAAAGAAAAUAUGCGAGGAAACAAAGGCUCGAAUUAAGAUUCUUGAUGGCCCUCCUGGUACAACGGAAAGAACUGUAAUGGUGUCUGCGAAGGAGGAACCAGAUCUUCAGAUGCCACCUGCCUUGGAUGGGCUUUUGAAGAUCCAUAAACACAUCCUUGAUUUAGAGUCAGAUCCAGCGAAUGCACGAUCAGGUGGAACAAGUUGCACCAGACUUCUGGUGGCAGCUUCCCAAGCUGGCAGCUUGAUCGGGAAGCAGGGUGCCACUAUAAAGUCUAUUCAAGAUGAUUCACAUUGCACGGUUCGAGUUCUUGGAGAAGAGCACUUGCCCGUGUUUGCUCUACCAGAUGAUAGUGUAGUCGAGAUACAGGGGGAGCCUGAAGGUUUGUGCAAAGGAGUUGAAUUAAUUGCUACCCAUCUUAGGAAAUUUCUAGUAGAUCGAAGCGUCGUUGGAGUAUUCGAAGCGCAGAUGAAAAAUUCAAAUGUUCGAGCAAACCAGAAUAUGCCUCCACCCCAUUCUUGGGGACCUCCUCCGCCAUCUUUUCCUAUGAAUCCUGAAGGACACGGUUAUGCAUCCAACCAUCCACCACCCAUGCAGCCUCAUCCACGCCAAUAUGAUAAUUACUAUCCUCCUGCAGAUAAUAUGCCUCCUUAUGAAAAUCAGUCUCGAGGGCCAACUAAUUUUGGCAGGGACAUGCCGAUGGGAGCUCGUACAACUAAUAUGCAGUCACAGCAAGCAGUGAUUGGGAAGGUGACACAGAACAUGCAAAUUCAGCUAUCGUACGCAGAUGCUGUUAUUGGUAUUAAUGGUGCAAACAUUAGCUACAUUCGUCGUGCUAGUGGUGCUACUAUUGCCAUACAGGAAACGAGAGGCAUUCCCGGGGAGAUGACUGUUGAAAUAAAUGGCUCUUCGUCUCAAGUCCAAGCAGCUCAACAGUUGAUACAGAAUUCAAUAGCGGAUGCUGUAAGCAGUGCACAAAACGCGCAACAAAACCAAGGUUAUAAUCCGUAUGCAUCUCAUGGUCCGGUCUAUACUUCUCCCCCAUCUAACGCGGCUGGUCAAACUGGAUAUGCUCCUCCCGGGGACUAUAAUGGAGCUGGUUAUGGCUACUAAGAGAUUUUCGACUUUUUUUCUUUUUUAACUGUAGAAAGUCGUUAUUGCGCUUAUCAAUGUUGAUUGUAAGAUGUUAACUUACUUGCUGUGGUGUUGUAAUAGAAGGGCCUAAAACAAGGUAGUUGUGUUGGAAGCAUUGCAUGACUGUAGUUCAUUAUGGUUUGGAUAAUCUCUGGUGUUCGUUCGUAGCUAAUCUUUUUUUCGUCUCCGUUUCUUA